AUGCCCACUGAUGAGGUUGUAGAGAAACAUGCAGAGGACAACACUUGCGCAAAUUGCACGGAGCGUGGAGACGAGUGCCACUUCUCACCCGUCAAAAGACGCAAGACCCGCUCCAACCCAGUUACCAGUCCAUCAGUCACCACGCGACCGGAUCUAGACGACACAAAUGCGUAUCGCUCAACCCUUAGUACAGAUCCUGAGGUGACGGCUGGCGACUCUCGACAAGACCUGUCGCAGCAAGUUUGUGCCGAAACGGACACCGCCCCCACCGACGCAGGACAAGGGGUGUCAUUCCAGCGGAGUAAUGCCUACAUCUCGAGCUGCGGACUUGCUUUCUUUUCCGACAACAGCCUCACAGCCUUGGCCGACCGACUGGGACAUGAUCGAACGAGAGAGAUUGUCGUCAAGAUGCAGGAGAAUUCCAGAGCUCGCCAGAGUGCUCCGUUGAAUAUCUUCACGCAGACCCGAUCUGACUACACUCGUGUUCUCAACUCAUACUCGCCACAGUGCAGGGCAACUUAUGUUAAAUCUUACUUCAGUGACCUACAUCCGGUUUACCCCUUUCUCGAGCAAUCGAGAUUCGAAUCCAUGGCCUUCGGUGCACAGCUGGAGGAGAUUCUCCAAACAAACCACGCGUGGGCAGCGCUGUAUUACUCCGUCCUCAGCCUAGGAAGUCUUUUGCAUGAGGGAGCAUCGUUCGAACCUAUGGGCGGACCGGCUUGGAAAAUCUUUGGCUUUGCCCUCAGAUUAUUCCCAACCCUCCUCUUUGCCAAAAAAUCUCUUCUGGUUGCUCAGGCAAUAACCGCAAUGGCAUUGUUCGCAUUAAAUCACUCGAGUUGGCCCGUCGAAGAGCUCUUGAUCACGGAGGCUGCACGCAUCGCCAUCGCGCUCCAGCUGAACAAGCUUUCACAUAAUCUUCAGAAUAGUCCCGAGCGAGAACGGACAUUCUGGGUCAUUUACUGUCUCGAAAAGGAAUACUCUUUCCACUCAACGCAGUCCUCGGUGUUUAAUGAUGCUGAUAUUAGCUGCCCCCUUCCAGAACCCAUUCUGGAUAGCACAGAUGGUAUAGACUGGCAGCAAAUUCAGGUUGGCUUCUGCAGAAUCCUGUCCUACUCGUACAAUCAACUGUUCGCAUGCGGCAUGCCUUCGCGUAGCGAAGACUUCUAUUCUACCGAGAUUGACCAGAUCCGAUGCCGACUUCAACACUGGGUGGCUUCUGUGCCGGAAAGGUUUCGACCAGGGACCGUAAUUCGAUCGAGGAAUUUUACCAAGCCACAUCACAACUACGCCCUCCUCCAGGUACAUUUCCUCUACUAUUCUCUCCAAAUUGCGUUAUCGAGGCUCCUCGUCCACGUUUACGCCGAUCGCCGUUGCGCUCCCGUGGCUGAGAGCAAAUUGACCUUGAUGAACUCUGCGCGAGCUAUCAUUGAAACUCUUCAAUUCGUUCCGCCAGAGGCUUCGCUACCCAUGAACAUUAUUGGCCUGGCACCUAUCGUGGCUAAUUUCAUCCUCUUUGACCUUGUCGUCUAUAACCCGGAGCAUUCUGAGACCAAACUGAAUCUGAUGUAUCUCGAGAUCGUGACUGGGUUUCUCCGCCGUAUCGGUCUCAAUUCCAGUAACCCAAUGCCAAGUUCUUCUUUCGCGGAACUCGGGGUUAUCGCUCGCGACUUCGUGGCGCGAAAGGCCGGCCGUGGUGAAGGACGUCAGGACGCUCAAGGCAAUCGAGCGGCUCCAUCCACGGGGGCACCGGUGGCCCACUGUGAACGGAAUGCCGCUUCCUCCGAAGUCAUGGGUCAUGGACGACCUCGUAACGGCAUGGCGAUUCCAGCCUCUGUCGUCACUCAGCCUGCGGAUAUCGCAGACCGCGGUCAAAUGGGCUUAUGGGACGGUCUUGAAGAGACACUUCGCUACCCAGUCAUGGACCAUAUCGCAGAUUUGGAUGGGUUUGGCGACGACUUUGCUAUCCGCGAGCUGUUCGGCCAACACUCGACAUUUGAUAUCGACAUUUUGAGCCAAUGA